AUGACGUCCUCACCGCCACCAACGCCACCGAUGAAACUUCGAGUACUUAUCGUUCGACAUGGUGAAACACGCGAAAAUGUAGAGCGCAUCAUCCAAGGCCAGCUCGAUACCGAUCUCAACUCUCGCGGGCGUCAGCAAGCCGACAUCACCGGUCAGUUUCUCAGCAAAACGCAUAUCGACCGUAUCAUUGCAUCACCCCUCAAGCGCGCUGCUGACACGGCGAGAGCGAUUCACAAGUAUCAGAACCUGUCCCGGCCAACCAAGCUCGAAUUGGAAUUGGACGAUCGGCUCAAAGAGAGGGCGUUUGGUGUCUUGGAGGGAAAAGUUUACACAGGUGGCGCCAAAAAGUCGGAAGAUACGCAAGGCAUCGAACGUAUGGAACCGUUCUCGGAAAGGCUAGCGAGCUUCUGGAAUGACCUCGUCACACGAACGGCGCCAGACCAUGCCUCCGAAUCGCAAGAACGGAUAGAGACAGUAGUGCUCGUCUCGCACGGCGCAGCCAUCAGCGCAUUGAUGAAUCAGGUGCUUGUCCCCGGUCGAUACUGUAUCGUGCCUACCAAUAUUACUCCGUCGCGAUUUUGGAAUUGCUCCAUCACCGAGCUACUCGUUCCCGUGAUUGCCACCUCGGCUGCCUCCACCUCAAGCGUACCAGCGGGUCACCUCUCGCGCAAAACACACUGGUCGGUUCGUCCAAUUCACCUAGGCGUUCAAGGCUCACAAUAUCUUCUCGACCACGAGUUACAAAAAAAGCUGCUCGCCAACGCAAAGUCCCACCCCGCUUCGAUGCCGGCACAAGCGGUAGCCGAACUAGAAGCUAUCAUCACAAAGACGCAGCAAGAGUUCGAGCGUGAUCGACAAGGAAAGCAGCAGCUUGAACAGGAUACCAUCAAAGCCCCCGACGGUACUACAGUGAUCAACGAUAUCGGUUAUGGCAACGCCAUAGGCCUUGUCCGACAAUGGUCCAACAUUGACCACCUCAAAGAGUUGGACGGAGCGGUGCAGCCGACCAACCAUAGCGGCGAGGCUUCGGAAAGUAAGCCCAACGUCAACGUUGACGAACUCAUAAAAUAG